AUGACCGGCCGGAGGACGACGACCGCGACGAUUCUGAUUCUUCCUCCAUCAUCAACACCGAGUCCUCCGAUAGCAACCCCGCUGGAGCCUCGCCGCCGGGUGAAAUCCCCACCGCCCACCAGCUUUUCCCGGAGAGCACCGGCGUCCGGCGGCAUCAUCUUCGCCUGUCAGUCGGAAGCGAAGGCAUCGACGUCCGACACCAUCGAAACAGCCGACGAAGAGCUGGAACAUGAUGGUCGCUGA